UUGGAUCUUCCCGGGCCGGUCCCGGCCUGCGGGUUUCGAAAGACGGGACCGGCUUGGCGAAAGGCCAUCCCCCCACCGUGGGGGGGAGAGGGGAUUUCCACGCAGGACCGCAGGAUCCCCCGCGCCCAGAAGGCGAUUCCAGGAGGAAGGAGAGGUGGAGACAACUGGCAGUCUGUCAGAGCAGCGACCAUGCCGAGAUCCAACCUUCUGCCCACCCUCUCGAUGGGAUUCCGUCUAGCGACCGUCGUGGCUCUGUUACUCUGCCACGGAGGCCAAGCAGGCGCAGAGGCGGAAACUGAAGUGGGAGAACCUGGGAAUAUGACGAACGAGUGCACCGGCUCCUAUUACUGCAAGAAAGGUGUGAUUCUGCCAAUAUGGGAACCUCAAGACCCUUCCUUCGGGGACAAAAUCGCCCGGGCGACGGUGUAUUUUGUGGCCAUGGUCUACAUGUUCCUGGGGGUGUCGAUCAUCGCGGACCGGUUCAUGUCCUCCAUAGAGGUCAUCACGUCCCAAGAGAAGGAGAUCACCAUAAAGAAGCCCAAUGGCGAGACCACCAAGACGACAGUGAGAAUUUGGAACGAGACGGUUUCCAACCUGACGCUGAUGGCCCUGGGCUCGUCAGCCCCCGAGAUCCUCCUUUCCGUCAUCGAAGUGUGCGGCCACAACUUCACCGCGGGAGACCUGGGCCCCAGCACCAUCGUGGGUAGCGCGGCCUUCAACAUGUUCAUCAUCAUCGCGCUCUGUGUCUACGUGGUCCCCGAUGGGGAGACGAGAAAGAUCAAGCACCUGCGGGUGUUCUUUGUGACGGCCGCCUGGAGCAUCUUUGCCUACACUUGGCUCUACAUGAUUUUAUCCGUUAUCUCUCCCGGGGUGGUGGAGGUCUGGGAAGGCCUGCUCACCUUCUUCUUUUUCCCCAUCUGCGUUGUCUUUGCGUGGGUCGCGGACCGCAGGCUUCUGUUUUACAAGUACGUCUAUAAGAGGUACCGGGCCGGCAAGCAGAGGGGCAUGAUCAUCGAACAUGAGGGGGACAGGCCCUCAUCCAAAGCCGAAAUCGAGAUGGAUGGGAAAGUGGUCAACUCCCACGUGGAGAACUUUCUGGACGGGGCCCUGGUCCUGGAGGUGGACGAGAGAGACCAGGAUGACGAAGAGGCCAGGAGGGAGAUGGCGAGGAUCCUGAAGGAGCUGAAGCAGAAGCACCCCGAGAAGGAAAUCGAGCAGCUGAUAGAACUGGCCAACUAUCAGGUCCUUAGUCAGCAGCAAAAGAGCCGGGCUUUCUAUCGGAUCCAGGCGACCCGUCUGAUGACCGGGGCGGGCAACAUUCUGAAGAGACAUGCGGCCGAUCAGGCCAGAAAAGCCGUCAGCAUGCACGAGGUCAACGUCGAAGUGGCUGAGAACGAUCCGGUCAGCAAGAUCUAUUUCGAGCAGGGGACCUACCAGUGCCUGGAGAACUGCGGCACUGUGGCGCUGACCAUCGUCCGCCGGGGUGGCGAUCUGACCAACACCGUGUACGUCGACUUCAGGACGGAAGAUGGCACGGCUAAUGCAGGGUCCGAUUACGAGUUUACCGAAGGGACGGUGGCCUUCAAGCCGGGCGAGACCCAGAAGGAGAUCCGGGUUGGCAUCAUCGACGACGACAUCUUCGAGGAAGACGAGAACUUCCUUGUGCAUCUCAGCAACGUCAAAGUGACCGCUGAGAUCUCAGAAGAUGGCAUCCGGGAGGCCAAUCACGUGGCGACCCUGGCUUGCCUUGGAUCGCCCUCCACGGCCACUGUGACCAUCUUUGAUGAUGACCACGCGGGUAUCUUUACCUUUGAGGAACCAGUGACCCACGUCAGUGAGAGCGUCGGGGUCAUGGAGGUGAAAGUGCUGAGAACCUCUGGAGCUCGAGGAAAUGUUAUCGUUCCCUACAAGACCAUCGAAGGGUCAGCCAGAGGUGGAGGAGAAGACUUUGAGGAUACUUGCGGAGAGCUGGAAUUUCAGAACGAUGAGAUUGUCAAAACAGUAUCAGUCAAAGUAAUUGAUGAUGAGGAGUAUGAGAAAAACAAGACCUUCUUCCUUGAGAUUGGGGAACCUCGGCUGGUGGAGAUGAGUGAGAAGAAAGCCCUGUUGUUGAAUGAGCUUGGUGGCUUCACAAUAACAGGGAAAUAUUUGUAUGGCCAGCCUGUCUUCAGGAAGGUUCAUGCUAGAGAACGCGCCAUCCCCUCCACUGUAAUCAGGAUUGCAGAUGACGCAAAUGACAAACAGCCCUUGACCAGCAAAGAGGAAGAGGAACGCCGCAUUGCAGAACUAGGCCGUCCCAUCCUGGGGGAACACACCAAGCUGGAAAUCAUCAUUGAGGAAUCCUAUGAGUUCAAGAGUACCGUGGACAAACUCAUUAAGAAGACGAACCUAGCCCUUGUGGUCGGAACAAACAGCUGGAGAGAACAGUUUAUUGAAGCGAUCACCGUCAGCGCUGGCGAAGACGACGAUGACGACGAAUGUGGGGAGGAGAAGCUGCCCUCCUGCUUUGAUUAUGUGAUGCACUUCCUGACGGUAUUCUGGAAGGUCCUGUUCGCCUUCGUGCCCCCCACGGAGUACUGGAAUGGCUGGGCCUGCUUCGUCGUGUCCAUCCUCAUGAUCGGCCUCCUGACGGCCUUCAUCGGCGACCUGGCCUCCCACUUCGGCUGCACCAUCGGCCUGAAGGACUCCGUGACCGCGGUGGUCUUCGUGGCCCUCGGGACCUCGGUGCCAGACACAUUUGCCAGCAAAGUGGCAGCCACCCAGGACCAGUACGCGGACGCCUCCAUCGGCAACGUCACCGGGAGCAACGCCGUGAACGUGUUCCUGGGGAUCGGCGUGGCCUGGUCCAUCGCCGCCAUCUACCACGCGGCCAACGGGAAGGAGUUUGAAGUGUCCCCCGGCACCCUAGCUUUCUCGGUCACCCUCUUCACCAUUUUUGCUUUCAUCAAUGUCGGGGUGCUGCUGUAUCGGCGGAGGCCAGAAAUCGGAGGUGAGCUGGGUGGGCCCCGGACUGCCAAGCUCCUCACGUCCUCCCUGUUUGUGUUGCUUUGGCUCUUGUACAUUUUCUUCUCCUCCCUGGAGGCCUACUGCCACAUAAAAGGCUUCUAAAGGAACAAUCGAAUAUAGUAAAUUUAUAUAUAUAUAUGCACAUAUAUAUAUAUAUAAAGAUCUAUGUAUAACGAACAGAGGAAAACUGACAUUUGUCAUGUUGACUUGCCUGCUGACGGAACACAGACAGCUUCAAGAGCAGACUGGUCCUAGAUAGGGGUAAGAAUUCAGCAGGGUUCUUACCCAGGGUGCCAUCACGUUGAACCAGGCAUGGAUGCAGGGCCAUCUUUGCGACUCCUCCAAGAGUGUCUCUCGCGAUUGAUUUGAUGGAUGGACUCCUUUUUCUUUUUCCUUUUCUUUUUUGUUAAACAACUGAUCUGAACGCAACAUGUGCUUUCUGUUAAAGAUGGAAAGUGGCCAGAUCCCUAAUGUCUUUGUUUAAAAGUUAAGGUUCUGGCCAUAGGAGGCAGGUAUGGUCAGGUGAAAGAAGGAGUUUUAUCAGUUUAUUAGAAAAUAUUGCAGCCGGCUUCAAAACCUGAGCAGAGACAGACCUGGAGGGAACAGUUUCAGGCUCAGGUCAUUCACUCGCCACACCAAAACCAGACCCUCCGCUGACCUAGCCGGGGCACCUCUCUUCUGGCUCGAGGGUCGAAACAAUACCACAUUUGUUCCCCGGGAACAAACUUAGUCAUCUCAUGAUCUUCUGAGCUGUAUUGUGAUCAACACAUCCUUCGGAGCCCCUGGCCCUCUCCUCUCCACCCCUGAGCAAGAGAAGGGAUUCAGAGCGCACCCCAUUCUGUUCCACCGUGCAACCGCCGACAUCUCCGAAUCACAUCCUCCACCCCCGCAUCGUGGUGUCAGUGGGACUGUCUGUCGGUGUCAUUUCAGUGGAAUUCAUAACCACUUGGGCCUGGCCAAUGCCGCCUCUGCCGAACAUUUACUCCUUCUCCAUCCUCCUGUUUGGGAAUGUCGUUGUGAUUCUUGUUACACUGUGCAUGAAUGAAAAAAAAAGCUAAACCCCAAUUUAUGUGUAUAUAGUAGAAUAGAGUGACGCGUAGGAUAGAGUGGCGCGUGUCACCCCAUUCAGCAGUGCUAAUUGAGCAUCGGAGACAUGAAUGAGUUUUCUUUGCACCUGAAGGUUGUUUUUCUUUCGUCGCCAUUCUCAUUUUGGUUAUUGGGCAGGGAGCGAAAGGCUCGCGUGGGUGUGCUCAUCGGUUUCUGAGAAGUAAUAAAAUGAUUCCAGCGAGCCGUAGCCGAGCCGAACGCAGACGGUCUUCGUGGACAAUCAGUCUUUGCUGAAGGCAGCCUGAAGGCUGGUAGAGAUUAGGGUCCUUCUUCUGGGGGAAUGAGAGUGUGCAGAAAGUAAGGUUGAUGGUAUGGGCUGAGCUUUCUUAGACACUAGCUUAGCCCAGGUGGGAGAGUGAGCUGGAUUACUAAAGGGUGUUUUGAGCUCCAAAUUCCUUCAGCCAGUCAGAUCAUUCUGAUCAUAUCCGCAGCUCCUAAGGGUUAGGAAGUCAGAAGUGAGUUUCGGUUCUUAGAGCUGCACCUUCUGCCACUCUGGAGGUGGGACAAGAGCUUAUUAUACCGCUCUACUCACAGUAAAUGCUCGCUAAAAGCCAUCGCUUGCUUGAUUGACUCAGCAAAUUGAUCACCCUUUGAGGCUUCUCCUUGGGAGUGUUGAGCAUUUCCCAGAGGAAGGGAUAUUUUAGCUUUAGAGGGUUUCUAGGCAACCUGUGACCUGGCAUCAACAGCUCAUGGAAAGACCCCAGACCAGGAGUUAUUGGCUCUUUCGAGGUAGUAAGAGCUAGCUCUGGCCUGGCUCCCUCCUCACCUCUUCUGGAUCAGGCCAAAGGUUAAAAAAGAAAAAACACCAUGUAGAAACAGAUUGAUCCAAGGGCUGUUUGAGGAAAAAUACCACGUCACCAGUUGAGGAAAAUCCUCAGUCCAAAGCAGCUGCAAGCGGAAGGCAAGGUUUUCUCUUUUGGGACAGUUGGGGCACUUCUCAGACCAGAGCAAAUAGGGUGCAGCGUUAUGAACCAUUUCUCAGCCCAUCCUUUGUGGAAGUUGAUUGAUUGACUGCCUUUCAUAGUUGAACAGAGGAGAAAAGGGAAAAAUGGGCAUAAGUUGAUGAUUCAUAUUGGAGAGCCAGAGAGGAGAAGGGCCAUUUUGUGUUUUUCAAUUGCUCAUCCAAGUAUUUUGAGAUUAAGACUUUGGGGAUCAGUCCUAGGGCCACUCAGGGCUAGACUUGCAUCCUGAGCCGGACGGUUCCAUGCCCUGCCAUGGCCGGCCCGAUGACCUGUGCCGGUCAGUUCCAUGCCCUGCCAUGGUGGUCAGUUCCUGGGCCUGCGAUGGUUCAGAAAUCAGCCAGUUAACUCACCUUACAGUGCUCCUCCUUACUCCAGUCUUUGCUGAGAAUGUACAAAGGGCAUAGCAGUAAGUAAGAAGGAAAAUGAAUUCUUGAAUUGAAAGCCAAUGUGUGAUAGUUAGAGAGAUUUCACGCUCACGUUUAGUCCCCCCUGGCAGAACGGUAACCCCGGUGCUAGGUGUUCACAGAGGAGUAAAAUGAAAUCCUUGAUUGUUUGUGGUUGGUUUGGUUUGUUUUACUUUUUUUGUCCUGUAAGGAAAAUAUUAAAAUAUGAUUCUGACUCUUCAGGGUUAUAAUUAAUUAUUAUUAUUAUUACUUUUGUGUAAAAUUAUUUCAUUUUAUUUGUUUGAUUAUUUCAUUUUGUUUUGUGUGUGUAUUGUGCACAGAUUUAGGAAAAAAGUGCACGAAUUGUGCUAUUCCUUAUAAAUGGUACACAUCAUUGACACCGACAAAUAAAGUUUAUAAUUGUUUCUGAUUUAA